GCUGCUCCGCUCGGAGAGUGCAAGCUGCCGUUGCUCUGCUGGUCCUGUUUUUAUUGGCAGUGGCUAGGAUUUGAUCUCUCGAAAACAAAGUGCUACAGUCUCGGCUUCUGCUGCUGGUUCCUCCAUCGAUUGCUUGCUCUCGCCCCCCCCCCCCCCCAAAGAUGGGUUUAACCACUUCACCACUGAAAUCGUAGCAGCAGCAAGUCUUUGAUGGGAUGUCCUGAAGAUCUGCAGAAAGAAGGGAGAAAAGCCCUCUUAAAAUCACGGCUGCAAAGUUGGGUGGUAUGUUUUGAAGCCCUGAAGUUUUGAAUUUUUUACUCCUCAGUGCACCAGAGAGGAUACUGGAUGCUCUGCCCUGCUGCUCAAAAUCAGUUGCCUGUGGAUUAUGGGUACAACUGCCAGCACGGCUCAGCAGACAGUGGCAACAGCAACCUUUGAGAAUAUUCACGGCAACGGAACCAUGGAGGAUCGCUCUUCCCUCAGCAUUCAUUCCUUCCAGACGGUUGGGCUCCACAACAACAAAGCCAAGUCGAUUAUUACUAACAAGGUGGCCCCUGUAGUCAUUACCUACAAUUGCAAAGAAGAGUUUCAGAUUCAUGAUGACUUAUUGAAGGCCAGCUAUACUGUGGGACGGAUUACUGAGUCUGCCCCAGAGCACUACCUUGUACAGGGGAAAUAUUUUAUGGUCCGUGAUGUAUACAGCAAAGUAGACGUCCUGAACACAGCUGGCACCUGUGGUGCCCCAAACUUCCGACAGGCCAAAGGGGGAUAUUCAGUGUUUGGAAUGGGCCAGCCCAGCAUGGGUGGGUUCAAGCAGGUCCUGCAGAAACUCCAGAACGAUGGCCAUAAGGAAUGCAUUGUGUUCUGCGUCCGUGAGGAGCCUGUGCUUUUUCUACAUAUGGACGACGACUUUAUGCCCUACACCCCCAGGGGAAAGGAGAACCUGCACGAAAAUCUACACAGCCUACAGAAAGGUGUCAAAGUAGAAAACCUGGAGCUCUUGAUUCGAAAAGAGAUGCAUGACUUUGCCCAGCUGAAUGAGAAUACAUAUUAUGUCUACAAUGAUAUUGAGCAUUUUAAAGACGAGCCACAUUCCGUGAGCAUCCGCCGUGAAGAAGACAUCCACGUCACCGAGGAAGUGUACAAGCGACCAGUCUUCCUACUGCCAUCUUACAGGUAUCAUCGGCUGCCUCUGCCUGUGGAUGGAGCGCCUUUAGAAGCACAGUUUGAUGCUUUCAUCAGUUUCCUCAGGGAAAGUCCAAACCUUCUCCUUCUCCAAGACCCCAGCAGGCCUCCUCCUGCUCUGCUCUUUAGCUGUCAAACGGGAGUUGGGAGGACCAACUUAGCCAUGGUCUUGGGCACACUGGUGCUGUAUCACCGCAAGGGUGGUCUACAGAAGCAAGAUCACAGCCUUCCCCAGUCCACUAAAUUCUUGCCCAGGGAUCGAUUCCGUAUUAUUCAAAGCUUCAUUGGCACAGUACCAAAAGGACAGCAAAUAGUGGAGGAGGUGGAUGCCGCCAUCUCCUUGUGUUCGGAAAUGCAUGACUUGAAGGAAGCCGUCUAUGAAUAUAAGAAGAAAUUGGAAGGGAUUGGAGAAGACUAUCAGAUUCAGGGGAACAGCACCAAAGAGUAUUUCCUUCAGCGGACAUUACAGAGCCUUGAGCGCUAUUUCUGCUUGAUAGCCUUUAACUAUUACCUUCAUGAACAGUACCCCCUGGCUUUUGCUCUCAAUUUCAGUCGGUGGAUGUGCAGGCACCCUGAGCUGUACAGGCUCCAGGCAAACAUGAACCAGUCGGAGCUUACAGUCACGGGGGAGCAGAUAACGAAGGGGGCACGGGUGCUGGUGGUGGAUGAACGAUUUUCUCCAGAUGUGCUCAGCACAGUCAAAGAGAUGAGUGUGGCUAACUUCCGGAGGGUCCCCAAGAUGCCUGUGUAUGGGAUGGCACAGCCCAACUCCAAGGCGAGUGGAAGUGUCCUGAGCUAUCUGACAGAUGCAAAGAGGAAGUAUUCCCACAUCUUGUGGGUUAAUCUCCGGGAAGAGGUGGUUCUGGAAGGGAAUGAGCAAAUCUAUACCCUCCGGGAGGUCGGAAACCUAGAGCAGCAGAUAACGGUCCCCGUAACAUCACCUGAACAGCUCGAGAAACUGGAAUCUGCCUUGAAGAACGACCUGCUGAAAUCUCAGAAAUGGAUUGAGGUUUAUCUGGAACAGGAGAAGCAGAUGAAGAUGUUCAAAACGUGCCUGACCAUGCAGGAGAUGUUUAACCAGCACAAGAGCACCUGCCAGGGACUGGCGUACAAACGGAUCCCAAUUCCAGACUUCUGUGCUCCCAGAGAAAAAGACUUUGAUCAGCUACUGGAAGUGAUGAAGGGUGCUCUGGCCGAAGACUCCCACACUGCCUUUGUGUUCAAUUGUCACAGUGGCAGAGGAAGAACCACCACAGCCAUGGUUAUUGCUGUCCUCACCCUUUGGCAUUUCAAUGGAAUCCCUGACAUAAUCGAGGAUGAAAUUGUGAGUGUGCCUGAUGCCAAGUACACCAAAGGAGAGUUUGAGGUGGUAAUGAAGUUGGUCCAGUUAUUGCCAGAGGGACACCAAAUGAAGAAAGAGGUGGACAUGGCGCUGGAUACUGUGAGUGAGACGAUGACACCCAUGCAUUAUCACCUAAGGGAAAUCAUCAUAUGUACCUACAGACAGGGCAAAACGGCUAAGGAGGAAAAGGAGAUGCAGACGUUGCAGCUGAGGAGCCUGCAGUACUUGGAACGCUACAUCUAUCUCAUCCUGUUCAAUGCGUACCUGCAUUUGGGGAAAAAGGACUCCUGGCAGAGGCCGUUCAGUGCCUGGAUGCACGAGGUGGCAGCAAAGGCUGGAGUCUACGAGAUCCUGAACCACCUGGGUUUUGCUGAAUUUGAGAACCUAGAGGACAAACCGCUCUCCCGGCUUCGCUACCGCUGGCAGGAGCAAACCCGUAGCUCCCUGCCGUUCCGGGGAGAGUUCAUUUAGGAGCCGGCCUUACGAAGGGCCAUGAGGAUUCCAACAUUUCUCCAGAUGUGGCCGAAUCAUGCUCUCUCUCUCUCUCUCUCUCCCCUUUUCUGAAUGAAUAUUUGAUUUUGUGGUGUAGGUGUGUGUGUUUUUAAAAAUGUGCAUGUAUAUAUAUGAAGAAAUGUGCCUUAAGGAAGAACUGUACUUACAACAAGAAGAGAAAGUUACACUACCUUGGAGCCAUUUUUAUAGGGGGGAGGGUGUCUUUCAGACACAAUAAAAUAAAUUAAAAUGAAUUUAGAUGGGUGUCAAUGCAAAUGCUGUGUAUUUGCCUGAAAUUCCCAGAACGUUUUUUAACACACUACAAAUGGAUGCUUUUUCAAAGAAUUUUUCUUGGACUUGUGCACUGCCCAGUGUAUAGUUGUAUAUUAUGUAUUUUCAGAUGCAGGAAAUGCAUGUGUGGUAUUUGCUCUGCAGAAAGCAUUUAGUAGACAACUCAGGAUGGUUUAAUUAUUGCAUACGCUUGAAUCUUGUACUGUUUUAUUAUGAAGAUUCCAAUUUAUAUUUAUGAUGCACUGUUAAAAUGAGCUGGGAGCCACUAUUGUUAGCUUAUUUGCCCAGAAUGAGCCAAGAAUGGGGAGACAUCUGUCUUGGUUUCCCUAUGUGGAUGUCUCCCAUUGAACAUCCAUGUGAAUGCUGUGAUGGGGGAAAUUCCGGAAGUGCCUGGGGCUGCAUGGAUGAGGGCAGCGGAAAGCUGCUGUGCUCACAUUUGUUCCCAUCUCAGUCUGGGUGCUCCCUUAUGUACUUAAUAUGUGUGUACAGCCAAGCACUUUUGUGUACAUGCUGGUGCUCUUCAGAUUUCCUGUCCUGACUGCCAAGCUUCCUGUUGCACUAGGGACUAGUCCAGAUGCAGCAGCACAAAAACUGAAGUGGAAUUUGAGGAUUUGGUACACUCCUGCGCAUGGAGUGGGUGUUCUUGAGAUCCUCUCCGUAUAAUUCAAAGUGUGAUAAUGGCCAAAUGGUCCCCAUCGUAUAGGUAGAUGGAGGGAAUGUCCUCUGUUCUAGAACCAGGGUUCUCCAUAGAACACAACAGAGAUCCCUUCUAUCAAAAGGCCUUAUUGCAUUCUACAGAACAUUCUUUAAAAAAUUCCAAGUUCUUUGCCCAAGGCAAGCGAAAUUCUCCGUCAAGGAAAGCAGAAUUGUACAAUUGUCUAAGCAAAUGUAUAUACCUUCUCUUUGUUUGCAUAUUUUAUGAAGUCCUUGCGAGCCCUGAGGAAGGGCAAGUAGCUAUAAUAAAAAUUAUUCAA